GUUCGGUCAAUUGAUAGAUGGGCAACGGUGCUGCGGGGAGAUGCGGGGUAGACUUCCAGCCGCAGUAUCAGUAUUUCCAGCCGAGCCCUCCUCCCAGCCCAGGACGUUCCUCGAGAGACCCAUGGAGGUCAAAACACGACCAUCAAACCAUUGUUUUGCCAUCAAACCAUCACAAACAGCGGCACGAACACACCCGUGUGGUCCCUGUUUGCUGCUUGGGUGCACAGUUUGGAUUUUGAGUGCGUCCGAGGGGAGCUAUCGGACGAGAACCUGCUGCAGAGAUCUGGACAGGUGCGUGGUGGAAGGAAGGAUAGGAUGCGUGGGUGGUGGAUGCAUCCGAUAUCCCGUUUUGACGCCACUGUGUAUGUAUGUUUGUUUGUGCAGCAGAAGCAGGUGUGCCGCGUGGGUGAGAUCCAGCUGUCUGUAGGGUGGUCAUGCGUCAAGGGAUACAAACCCAACAACCCCGUGCUGCCCAACCAAGACGACUUCCUCAUCGCAAGGCAAGGCAGGGAACGAAAGGCACACACACACACACGGAUGGAUGGAUGGAUGGAUGGAUGGAUGGAUCCGCAUGCAUCAUGUGCGGAUGGAUGGACGCAGGAUUGGGGAGGAUGCUGUCUAUGCUGUGUUCGACGGACAUGGUCGGUACACAACAAGGGGAGGGAGGGGGCGUCGUGGUCAAUGGUCGGGCGUGGGUGGAUGGAUGGAUGGAUGGCAUGCAGGUGAUUUGGGUCACGUCAUCUCCCACGCGACCAAGAUGUUCUUCUCUAGGGUCCUACACGAUCGGUGAGUGAGGAAGGAAGGCAGGGAGGGAUAUAUGACACAUCGAUGGGCAUUCUCUCCUGUUUUCCUCCUCCCCUUUUGGUGCAGUGCUCAUCUGUGGCGUCAGGGGUGGCGUCACGGCAAGGAGUAUGUCGUCAAGCUCAUGGAUCAGCUGUUCAGAGAGGUGAGAUCGCAUGCACACCCAUCCAUCUAUCGACACACCUUGACCGACAACACAACGAUUGUUGUGUGUCGUCACGUCAUACAUGUCUGUCUGUCAGUGUCAGGAGUAUUUGGUGACGGCGUAUCCGAUGGAGACCGAGUGGUCGGGCACCACGGCCACGGUCAUCAUCCACUACAGGGCGCCAAAGAUACUCUGCGUCGCACACGUGGGCGACUCGCGCGCAGUGCUACUCAACCCCAGACGGACACCCGCCGCCGCACAUCGUACGUCCGUCUCGUUGGCUUCUUCUCUUCUCACGGGGGCGUGUGGAUGUGUGUGUGUUUCAUUGUGUGGUCAGCGUAUGUAGGGUACAUGUUUGGCGGCAUGCCACUGCAGCCGUGGGAGGCGCAGGAGCUGACGGCCGACCACAACCCGUCCAACCCAAACGAAAGAAGACGCAUACACCACGAGGUGAGCGACACGAGAGAGAGAGACAGAGAGGCCGACGGACGAACGUCCAUGUCUCUCUCUGGCCAUACACACAGGGCGGGAUGGUGACCUUAGACGGCGAACGGCUGGCCAUCCACCCGCCGUCGCAGCCCACCCACUGCUCGUCGGGGUCGAUGCUGGGCACCCUCUUCCCCAGGUGCCAGUCGUUCGUCGGCAGCCCCACCCUGUCGCUGUCGAGGUCGCUGGGUGACACCAACAUGCAGUCCAAGGGCCUCUCGUACCGCCCGGACGUCGCCCUCGUCAACUGCAUGGAGGGCAGCAUGCUCGUCGUGUGCACCGACGGCGUGUGGACUCACAUCAGGACGCCGGUCGGCAGGCACAGGGAAGGAAGGAGACACAGUACAGUGUAUGUGCGUGCGCAUAUCGUUUAUGUGUGCAGGAGGCGGCUGAGUUGGUUGCUGCGUAUUCGUCUCUGCAGGGUAUUCAGGAUGCGUCCAACAACAUCGUGGGCGUGGCUUGGGAAAGGUCAGCCAGCAUGACCAAAGAAAGAGGGGAGGAGGGUUGAGAGGGCUGAGAUGGAUGGAUGGACGGAUGGAUGUGUGUGUGCGCAUGUCGUCAGGUGGCGCAUGAACCCCUACGUCGGUGAGUCAGCUGAGCAGCGAGCCAGUCAUUCUUUGUGGCAUGUAUGUCUGUAUGCGUCGUGCCCGCUGUGUGUGUGUGUGCAGAUGACAUCACUUCUAUCGUGGCCUACAUCACGUGAGGGAGUGGUUGGUUGAGCGAACUGCCUGUGUGGCGUGUGUGAGGGAGUGUGUACGUUUUCACGCUGAUGGAUGGAUGGAUGGUGUACACUCAUGUGUAUAGCGUCACGUCAAUGCAUUAAUGGACCCAUGUGUGUUUGUAUGUAUCACACUAUUGAAUUACACAGAGUCCACUGUACCCAUGGAGC